AUCAGUUUUCCUUCCUCCAGACAGCGCCGCCGCUGGUUGUGUUAUCUCUCGCUUAUUCUCCACUCUGCUGAAACCGGUCGCUUCAGCGUAUCCUCGCCUACUGGCUCAGUCGUCAGCGCGCCACGCCGGUCUCACGGUCAAACGCCAGCAGCCGAACGUCAAGCACACAGGAGUCGAGGCAAUGGCCGCAGUGGUUGCUCUCAUCCGCUCACAAGAUGGUCACGCGGACUUUCAAACCCAUCUUCAAGAUCACCGUGUACCUGCUAGCGUUCGUCCUCAUCCUGCCCUUGAUUCCUAUGGCGUUGGACUUCGAGCCUAAUGAAAACACGGUUGAAAUACAAGACCUCGAAGGGCCUUUAGAACCAAAUGAUAAACUAGACCAUGUUGAGUACCUUUUCAAAGAUAAACUUCGUGGACCUGAAUCACUGCCAGUGUACAAAGGUAGCAUUUACACAGGAACAGAGGGAGGCGAGAUUUACAAAAUCACUGGCGACCAGGUGACGCUAGUCGCCAAGCUUGGCAAGAAAUGCGAGGGCUUGUGGGAAGAGGAAGUGUGCGGUCGGCCACUGGGAAUGCGUUUCAACAAAGAUGGCCGCCUCUUCGUCAUCGAUGCUUACUAUGGACUGUAUGCCAUAAACGUCGAGACUGGUGCCAUUCAGCACCUUCUACCAUCCAGCACAGAAAUUGAAGGGAAGAAAAUAGUCUUUGGCGAUGACAUUGAUAUUGACGACGACGGCUCAGUGUACAUCAGCGAAGCAAGCAACAAGUGGCCGCUCAAGAAGAUUAUCUACACAGUUCUGGAGCAUGAGGACACUGGCAGAAUUCUCAAGUUUGAUCCCAAGACGGGGAAGACAACAGUGUUGAUGAAGGGCCUGCACCUUCCCAACGGUGUGCAGAUUUCCCACGACAAAAAAAGCCUCCUGGUGUGCGAGCUCUCCAUGAACCGCAUCCUGAGGUACCACCUCAGAGGUCCAAAGCGGGGGAAGACCGAGGUGUUUGUCGACAAACUUCCGGGCUGGCCCGACAACAUUCGUCCCAGCAAGCGAGGUGGUUACUGGGUGGCCUUUGCAACAGGCCGCUCACCCAACGACACGGGUGUCAUCGAUUACCUCAUCCCCCUCCCGUUCAUCCGCAAGGCAACCAUCCGCUUCGUCUAUCUCGUUGGAACGGCGUUGAAGACUGCCUCUCGUGUCUACCCGCUGCCCUACAUCAAGGACUGGGCAGCUCAGUUUGAAAAUGGAUGGGUUCUUUACGAGACGGUGCCACAGUACGGCCUCGUCGUGGAGCUGGCCGCGGACGGGCGCAUCCUCCGGAGCUUCCACUCGCCCAAGCAUAAGAUCCACAUGUUGUCCGAGGUGCUGGAGCACGACGGCUACCUCUACCUGGGCUCCUACCGGAACCCGUUCCUGGGCAGGAUCAAGCUCUAGUCAUUUGCGUUGCUUAGCCCACCUGCCCUCUCACCACACCAUCACGCGCUCUCCACACUUAUGUCCACAGUACGUUACACAGUACGUCCACAAACGCUCACACCAGCAACCUGUGGCGCAUCAUAGCUCUCCAAGAACAAACCACUGGUGCCAUCUACAGAUACACGAGGAAAUGAUACAAGCUCUCUAUAAACUAACAAAAUACUCAUAGUAACGUUCAAAUGUUUUCAGAAGUGCCUUACAAUCCACCUGUUACUUUCCUCGUAAUGUUUCAAUUGUUCAUCUGUGUUUGUAGAGGUAGUUGAGUGCAAUGCCAAGGAUAUUGUUAGGGUGGCUCAUUUACACUGACGAUCGAAAAAUUGCACGACCAAGAAAUUUUUCUUGCUUAGGUUGCUAGUGGUUACAUGAAGCAGUCGUUGCCCUCGCCGCAAAAUAAGCAGGGGUAAAUGCCAUUGAGCUGUUUUAUGUGGAUAGCACAGUUUAAUCCUGCUGGUACAGUUAUCUGUGUAUCAUGCCUAACUGUAGUGCUCAUACUUUUAUACAUAAUGAGCAGGUGCGUCUGCAAUGAAAUUGUAAAGAUGUUAGGCUAGCAUUCAUGCCACUCUUGACUAGAUUUGUCACAAGUGGCCGAUCAAAUCUAUGCAGUCCCAAGAGUUAGAAACUUAACGCUUGCAGCAGUAGCGGAUUGUAGCAUCGGCAGAGAUACCAGAAAUCAGGCCAGCCACUUAGCAUGCCUGAAAGAGUUAAGUUCUGCAUUGCACUUGCUACAUUUACGACGUCUAAUGCUACACUGACAUUUACGGUGUAGCUUUUGCGAAACUCUCCAAGCUCAAGAAUGUGUGACAAAGUUGUGUGCAGUAGAAUGAAACUCAUGUCUAAGAUUGAAAAGGAUUUGUUCUAGAAGUCUUGUUCAACCCUGGGCACAAUCACGAUGCUGGCUACAUCGUGUAAUAGGUAUGUGGGCAAGCUACAGCUAUAUGUCAUGUUGAAUGUUCUGGAUGCUGGGAUUGUGUUCUUUGAUGAUUACUUCCAGUGACACGUUGUUUCAUGUAACGUUGCUUCUUCAGUGGAGUUUAAGUUUGUUCAAUAUAUAUGGCAAAAUAAUACUCCUCGUGAAACUACAUACAAAUGUAGUAUCACUGAAAUGAUUAUCUGAGAGCAGAACUGCUGAUGUUCUGACCUGUUACGUGUAGGUACAAGACUUCGUGGAAAGUGUUUUUGUUCUAUUUAUCACUUCUCUUUUUCCGUAGCCCUUGUGCCUUGCUGGUUAAGUUACGUACUUUCAUUGCUCAUGACAUCAUCAGCAUAGUCAAUUUUGCUUAAGGAUGGAAUAAUUGCGUGAAACACUAAUGUGAUAGGCUUGUUUAAACUGCUGCUCUGUACUUGCGUGUUGUUUAUUGACAUUCCUUCUAAAACACUUUCGAGUUAGUUUACAAAUGAUCAUCAGAGGGCUCUUGUGUGGUCUGCACCCCUACAAAAGGCAAGAGCUUAUCAAAUUAUAGCUUACUAAGUGUAAUGAAACUCGCUUCACACAAACGAGAAGCCUUAAGUCUAUUGUAUCUUCAAAAGAAGUGGGUGGGGGGCUUUCUUAACAAGGAAUUUACAUAUGUGGGAUUUAGCGAUAGGGAAACAGGGUGAUAUAGACUAAAGUUACUGGGCAUCUUGUGAGGGUUAAUGGUUGUUCGCUAAAUUUUUGGAGAUAUUUUUCCGUGUGCACUUCAACCAGGGCAUUAUACAUACCAGUCGUUUUUGAAAUUUCUCGCGACUGUUUCGCAAAAAAAUGUUCUGGGAUGUGCAGUCUACGGGCAGAUGUUGCAAUAAAAGCAUUCACUUGUGCCAAGAA